AUGGUGGAAGGACCAGGCUGUACUCUAAAUGGAGAGAAAAUUCGGGCGCGAGUGCGCCCGGGCCAGGCGGUGACGGACUUGCGGGGGAGCGCCUUGCAGAGCCUGGGUGUGGUCUCUUCCCAGGCUGCUGCACUGAAUAGUAAUAAAGAUUCCGGCCAGAACUUCUCGAGAUUGUUUAAUGGACACGUUUACAGUGGUGUACAAACUUUGGGGAAAGAGCUCUUUAUGUACUUUGGACCAAAAGCUUUACGGAUUCAUUUUGGAAUGAAAGGCUCCAUCAUGAUUAAUCCACUGGAGUAUAAAAAUAAAAAUGGAGUUUCUCCUGUUCUUGAAGUCCAGCUCACUGAAGAUCUCAUUUGUUUCUUUGACUCAUCGGUAGAAUUCAGAAACUCUACAGAAAGCCAACAGAGAAUAAGAAUGAUGGAAGAAUUAGAUGUAUGUUCGCCUAAAUUUAGUUUCUCAAGAGCAGAGAGUGAAGUUAAAAAGCAAAAAGGACGGAUGUUGUGUGACGUGUUAAUGGACCAGAAAGUAUUGCCUGGGGUGGGGAACAUCAUCAAAAAUGAAGCUCUCUUUGACAGUGGCCUCAACCCAGCUGUCAAAGCUUGUCAGUUAACAGAUGAACAGACCCAUCACCUGGUGAAAAUGAUACGUGACUUCAGUGUUCUUUUUUAUAGGUGCCGGAAAACUGGAUCUGUUAUCUCUAAACACUGUAAGGUUUACAAGCGUCCUAACUGUUGUCAGUGCUGUUGCAAAAUAACUGUGUGUCGCUUAGGAGAGAAUAACAGGAUGACAUAUUUCUGUCCUCGCUGUCAAAAAGAAAAUCCUCAACAUGUUGACAUAUGCACGCUGCCAAGGAGAAACACUACGGUCACCUGGCCAUCCAGCAGAGGGGACCAUGUGGCUCGGAAAUCCGAAGAGCAGUGGACGUGUGUGGUCUGCACGCUCAUAAACAGGCCGUCUUCGAAGGCUUGUGAUGCUUGCCUGACUUCAAGACCUAUCGAUUCAGUAAUCAACAAUGAAGACAAUUCUAUUGUGUUUGACAGCUUAGUGAAGUAUCCUUGUAAUAGUUUUGGAAAACCAAGUACAGAGGUGAAGGUCAACAGGAGAACAGUAUUUGGAACUACAACCCUUGUCUUGACUGAUUUCAGCAAUAAAUCCAGUGCUUUGGAAGGAGAAACAAGCCAAAGUGGGAUGCUAGAUAGAGAAUUUCAAAACUCUCCUCCGACUGAUGUGUGUUUUAGGGAUCCACUGCACCCUUCCAAGGAGAGAGCAAACCAUAGAACUCAACCAUCUAACAGAGUAAACGGAUCACCUACGGCCUGUUCUCAGUCCAAAUUAUUUAGUCCAGCCUAUAAAAAGUUAAAAACAACCCACUCCUCAUCACCAGACCUCAAAAGCGGUAGCCCUGGAUUUUCUAACAGUGAACUUGGAAUUAACAUGACAGAUGGUACCUGUGCAUUAAAUGCUGGCAGUCCUCGCUGCGGUAAACACAAGCUCCUGUGUGUUCUACGAGUUGUGCAGAAGGAUGGCGAAAACAAGGGCAGGCAGUUUUACGCUUGUCCUCUACCUAGACAAGCGCAGUGCGGAUUUUUCCAAUGGGCGGAUCUGUCCUUCCCAUUCUGCAACCAUGGCAAACGCUCUAUCAUGAGAACGGUGUUGAAGAUUGGACCCAAUAACGGAAAGAAUUUUUUCGUGUGUCCUCUUGGGAAGGCAAAACAGUGCAAUUUUUUCCAGUGGGCAGAAAAUGGACCAGGAAUAAAGAUGAUUCCAGGAUGCUAA